AUGAUAUAUCUCUUUCUUUUCUCUUUCCUUCUGGUCAUUGGUUUUCUUCCUUCAGUUCUCCCGACUUCUCUCUUUUUCUUUCUAUCUUCUCACCUAACCCUCUCUCUCUCUCUCUCUCUCUCUCUCUCUCUCUCUCUCUCUCUUCUUUUAUCACUUCCUUUCUCUUGGUGUCUAUCUUUUUUCUCUUCUGAUCACACUCCUUUUUCACUUUGUUUCCCCCUCUCUAUCUCUCUCUCUCUCUUUUUCUCUCUCUCUCUCUUUUCUCUCUCUCCUUUCUCUUCGUGUCUCUCUUUUUCUCUCUCUCUCUCUCUGCAAAUCCUUUUUACACUUUUUCGAUCUUUCUUUCAUCUUCUAUUCUUCUGUUUUAACCUCUGUCUUUUCUAUCUCUCUCACUUUCUCUCUCUCUUCUCAUCUUCUGCUUUCAUUUACAUAUCACUCAACUUUUCAUUCUCUCUCUCCUUCUCCCUCUCUCUUCUCCUUCUCCCCUCUCUCCUUCUCCUCUCUCUCCCUUUCUCCCUCUCUCUCCUCCUUCUCUCUCCUUCUCCCUCUCUCUCUCCUUCUCCCUCUCUCUCCCUUCUCUCUCUCUCUCUCCUUCUCCUCUCUCUCCUUAUCUCCCUCUCUCUCUUCUCCCUCUCUCUCUCUCCUCUCUCUCCUUCUCCCUCUCUCUCUCUAUCUCUAUGUUCUUAUUUCUUUCAUUCAUUGCCUUUUUUUAUUACUGUUUCAUUCGUCUUUCUUUUGCCAAUCAUUCUUUUUUUUUUGUAUCACUUACAAUUUUAUCUGAUAAAGACCAACGGUUGUCAAGGAGAGAAUAAAAUCCGAAAUAUUGCUCUACGUUUCCCUCGCUUUCCCCCUUUUUUUUAUCAUUUCUUUCUUUCUUUUAGUCUCUUUGUAACAUUGGUGCUUUAA